GAAAAUAAAAAACCAAUCUUUCUAUCCAAAAUUCGAUCUUGAAUCAACACCAAUCAUCUCUAUCUCACUCUCAUCAAAAUGCAACCUUUCUUUCAUUCUCACAUUUUCCACUUCUCACUCUUCCCAUAACCAAAGCUUUGAACACUAUCAUCAUCAAUGGAGGGUUCCCUCUUCCCCUCAAGACCUGUAUAUCCCACCCCUUCAAAUAAACCAACCCAACCAAACUUCCCGCCAUGGAAGCUCAAUCCAACAACAGCCCAACCUCCACCUCCACCACCUCCUCCUACUCAAUCCCCAUCUCCAUCCUCAUUCCCCAUUGAUUCUCUCCUCCAACACCUUCUACACCUUUCUUCGUCUCCAAAAACUCCUCACACUGUUAAACCUGUGAAGCCACAUCAUUUCAGCAAUGCCCAUUUGCGUUCUCUUAAACUUUCGGUUGAUUCUACUCAGAAACAGCUUGAAAAUAGCGGUUACGAAAAUCCCACAUCGGUUUUAGUCUCUCAGCUGGAGGAGGACGAAGAAGAAGGUCGUUUGGAAACUGGGUUCCUUGAGUUUCUCACAACAAAGGAUAUUAUCGAAUGUUUAUAUUGUGUGGAUGAUAUUGAGAUUGUUGGAGGUGGUUGGCAAAAAGAGACAUCAAAGUUUUAACAAAUUAGGAAGUAUAAGUUAAUCGAUAAAU